AUGAGCAGCCCUCGCAUUUCGACUCCACGUCAGUAUGGCGGACCUCACUUUGGUGCCACGGCCACAGGGCGUUCUGACAUGCGCAUGCCUCGAUUCUUCAAACGACUAUUCAAAUUCCCUCAAAUGGAUUUUGAAAUGGCAGUGUGGGAGAUGACACAUCUACUGAUCGCGCCUAAGAAGGUGUUCAAGUCGAUCUACUAUCAUAAACAGACGAGAAAUACGUGGCAUCGACCAGACCCCUCGUUUACCUACCUACUAUCCUUCUUUCUGCUACUCACUUCGUUUGCCUGGUCCCUGGCAUACACACCAUCCUUCGGUUCAGUCGUCAAACUAGCCUUGAUGUUCGUGGUCAUCCACUUCCUCGCAGGCUCACUCCUCGUCUCAGCGAUAGCAUAUUAUCUCGUCGGCAGACUACUAGGUCCCGGCAUCGCAGGCCUCCCAGGCCGUAGACGGCAACAGGGCCUCUUCGGACCCCCGGGUGGAACACGUGGUGCAGAAGUUCUUGAAUUCGGAUACUGUUUCGACGUUUCUAUCCGGGCGUUCUUUCCUCCCUACGUCCUCCUGUACAUCAUCCAGUACAUCCUCAUGCCCGUCGUAAACCAUGAGAACCACGCCUCUACGUUCUUUGCGAAUCUGCUGUAUCUAGGAGCGGGAUUAUACUGGAGUCUGAUCACGUUUUUAGGGUAUAACGCAUUGCAUUUCCUGCAUCACACACAACUUUUGUUGAGUCCUAUGUUGGCCUGGAUCGUGAUUUGGUUGGUGUGUACGAUUCUGAAUAUCAAUCUUACGACAUUGGGAACGAGGUGGCUGUUCCUGGGCGUCAAGGGAUGA